UUUAUCUCGGAUUUAUCUUAAGUCAAAUGUGGUUGAUUUUAAAUUAAGCAUAAAACCCAUUUUACCCCUUACACACGGCACGACAUUUUCUAAAUAUCAGACAUUUACACUAAAUCUUUAAAUUUUUUCUAGAUUUCAGUUUGUUUGACCACAUUGCAAACGGUCGCUUUCGGGAAUUUAAAACAUUUUACCCGAUAAUAAGUAGAUAAAGCUAUAUACAAACAAACAUUUGACACAUCACAGAGAGACCAUCUUCUCAUCAAUGGCUUCACUUUGGUCAAAAAUCUCUGCCACUCUGCCUUUAAAUGAAGAACAGUUUCCUCUGCAGUUCAGUAACAAAGUGGAGUCAAGUGUGGUGGAAAGGCUCAGACAGUCCAGGCAGCAGCUGUACAGCAACACAACAAGCACCAGCCGGAUGCUUAACGCUCAGAUCAUUUUGGAUAUUUCAUGGGAGAAACUCAACACAGGGACAUGGCGGGAUGUGGACAAAGAGUGGCGUCGAGUUUACUCUUACGGCUGCCUUUUCAAAGCGGCUGCACUGUGUCGAGAAAAUCCAUCAGAGGAUGAGCUACUGCAGGCUGUCAGGACUUGUGACAUGGGUUUACUCAUGGGCGCAGCUAUCAUGGAUAAUAUACUGCAGGACAUUGUUCGGAUUUUGCAAUGUGAAGUCAGAAAAAGUGUUAAAGAAGAGGAUGAAGGUGAACAUAUGCAGGUGAAGAGAAGAAAGACUGCAUCCCCACAUGUUCCCUCCAUCAAAGACGGCUUGGCUGUUCCCAGAAUCAAAUGUCCUUCCUUGGAAAGCUUCAAUACAAACUACCUGCUUCCCCUCAAGCCAGUGAUUUUAGAAGGAAUCAUCGACCACUGGCCUGCCCUCAACACACACCCCUGGAGCAUAGAUUACCUGAGGUCUGUGGCUGGUUGUCGGACUGUUCCUGUUGAGGUGGGAUCCAGAUAUACGGACGAGGACUGGUCACAGACACUGCUUACCGUCAACGAAUUCAUUGAUAGAUAUAUUCUGAAUAAAAGCCAAAUCUCUCCAGAUGGAGUGAACGAUGUGGGUUAUCUUGCUCAACACCAGCUGUUUGAUCAGAUACCAGAAUUAAAAGAAGACAUCCGCAUCCCUGAUUAUUGCUCUCUUGGUGAAGGAGAUGAAGAUGAUAUUACUGUAAAUGCAUGGUUUGGACCCACAGGAACAGUAUCUCCUCUUCACCAAGAUCCUCAGCAGAACUUCCUGGCUCAGGUGGUGGGAAGCAAAUACAUUCGCCUGUAUUCCCCAGAAGACACAGACAAGCUAUAUCCUCAUCAGUCACAGCUUCUUCAUAAUACCAGUCAGGUGGAGGUUGAGAAUCCAGACACGGAGCACUUUCCAGAGUUUAUCAAGGCUCCAUAUCUGGAAUGCGUGCUACAGCCUGGAGAUGUGCUGUUCAUCCCUGUCAAACACUGGCAUUAUGUCCGAUCACUAGAAGUCAGCUUUUCUGUCAGUUUCUGGUGGUCAUGACUGCAGAUUCAUUAUAAAUAAAUGAAUAAGUAAAUGCA